AUGGACAGAUUGAACGAUUUUGCAGAUGAAUGUUAUUUUGUAGUUGACAAAAUAAUAGAUUUGGAUGUCACUACAAGUUUGACAAUAAAGAGUGUUUCAGAAUAUAUUCAAGAGACAGCUAGAGCACUAGAUAAAUUGAAUGAUGAUUCUUUAAAUCUUAAACAACUGAAAGAAUUAAACGAAACAUAUGAGGCAAUUAUUGAAGAAUAUAAUAGUCAAUUAAAGGAAUUAGUUUUAAAGGCCGUAGAAACGAAAACGGGAUUGAAAAAGAUGGGAAACCUUCAGUUUGAAAUGUUUAAAAUUGUCACAAAAGAGAAAAAAUACCAGCAUCAGAAAGAUCGACAAGAAUAUCAUGAAGUAACUUUUCUAUCUGGUAUUUGGAAAUUUUUUCGUAGUGAUGUAAAGCGUAGAGAGUUCGAAGAAAAUCUUGAGAUUCUUGAAAAAUUUGAGGAAGAUAAAGAGAAGGCUGUUUACACGAUUAUUGAAAUCGAACAGAGUGUGGACAGAUAUCAAAAAAAACUGGAAAAACUAAGAAAUAAAGUUGGAAGAAUACUCUUUGCACGAAUUUCUACAAAAGAUCAUAUAGGAUUGCUUCUGAGUUUCUUUGGUAUUAAACGUUUUAAAAGUGUAGAGAAGGAAUGA